AUGCAUAACAAUAUAAAUGGUCCGCAGAAAAAACGAGCUGGAAAAGUAAUGAAUGGAUUAUCAGAAGAGGGAACAAAUCGAAAAGAGAGGAAAGAGAAAAAAACAGGAGCUGGUGGCGGAGGAGGCGGUGAAAAAGGUGGAAUUAUGAGACGAUUGGGGUUUGGUAAGUUAGAAAGGGUUUCUGAAAUUCAAAUUUUCAAAGAAAAGUGACUCUGAUUUUUAAAAAAAUUCAGAUUCAGUUCUGAUUCUGGAUGGAUUAUUUUGAUUAUAUUCGUGGUCGAAAACUUACAGUAUUCUAGAAAUUUCAGUUUUUUAUUUCGAUAAAAAUAAUUCGGCCAGAUCAUAACUAUUUUUUGGAAAGUUUCAAGUAAUUAUAAAUAUAAAUUUGAUUAGAACAUAAACUUGUUUCAAACUUCUCAAAAUUCGCCGUAUUUCAGUUCUCAAUAAUGAUAAAUCUGAGCAAGGAAGUACACUUCGAAAAAAGAAAAAGAAAAACAAAGUUCGAAAAUCGGCAUCGCAAGUGAUUCGCGAUACAAAAGUCCAUUUUGUCUUCCAAAAACCACAUGCUCAAAUCCCUUUAAAAGGUGAUAAAAUAACAGAUCUUCAAAAAUCUGUGUUCCACAAAUUCGCACAAGAAAACGUGAAACGUGGACCAUUAGAACUAUCGUCUGAUUUUCUAACAAAAAUCAAACCAUAUGUUGGACAUCCAUUAAAACGCGAAGUUUUUGAUGCAAAUCACACGAAAAAUCGAUAUAAAGAUGUGAUUUGUAAUGAUAUAACUCGAGUUGUUAUAAAUGAUGGAAAAGAUGAUGAUUAUAUUCAUGCAAAUUGGGUAAAUGGUUUGAAUUCGCCUUUUAUUUUAACACUUGAUCGAACUGUUAUUGAUUUUUGGCGAAUGAUUGUUCAUACAAAAACAACUUAUAUUGUUAUGUUAUGUGAUGUGACAGAAGAUGGAAAACCAAAAUGCUAUCAAUAUUGGCCAGAUAAACCAGGACAAUCUGUUACUCAUGGCGAAUUUACGAUAACUUGUAAAAAUGAAGAGGAUAAAGAUGAACAUGUGAUUAAAUCCAUUUUGACGAUCAAAAAUAAAGGUGGUGAUGUGGAACAUACUUUGAGACAUUUACACACAAAAACAUGGUGAGUUUGGGAGAGAAGUUGGCUGAAAUCAAACUAAUGUGAAUGAUACUUUUGCAGGCCCGAUAAAUUCGUUCCCAAUUCCUCACUUUCACUUCUCCGAAUGUUAUAUAUAAGAGGCUUUCAUUUUCAUUAUUUUUAUUUAGAAACAAAUAUUUUUAAAUUCUUCCCGAAAACUGUACAUGUUCAAAAAAUAAUCAAAUUUUGAUAAUAACCAAAAAAAAUUCAAAUGUAUAUUAUUUUUGCAAAAAUAGUUGUUUCUCUUUCUCAAAAGCUUCCACAUCAAAAAAAUUCCAGUCAAAAGCUUCCAAAUAAAAGACUAUUUAAAUCAUUAAUUAAAAAGAGGGUAGAAAAAAUGUAAAUUUUUCAGGAAAUCCCAAAAAAUGCACAUUUUGAAAGAAAUAAUCAACGUGAAAAUGUAAAUUUUUUGGGGAUUUCCUAAAAAUGUACAUUUUUGACAAAAAAAAAAGAUGAGGGGUCACGAGAAAACAAAUAUUUCCAUUCCGUUUCUUAUGAAACUGUUUCUGGGAAAUGAAUGUUUUCAUUGAGCGUGAUGCCCUACAUUUUUAUCUACACGCGAAUCAGUUCGGACUCUCUCGAUUAUUUCAUUUCUGCUUCUUCUUAAAAAAAUAAAAAGCAGACUUUUUCCAUGUCUGCAAUUUGACGUGAAAAUAAAAAAUAAAAAUGUAAAUUUUUAAGGGAACCCUGAAAAAUGCACAUUUUUUUUGGAAAAAUUUUUCACGCAAAAUGUCAAUUUUUCGGGGAUUUCCUAAAAAUGUACAUUUUUUCUAGAUGUUUUCAUGAGACAUUUAUUUUAAAAUGUACAUUUUUCGGGGUUUCCUGGAAAAUUUACAUUUUAUUUUGUUGUUAAAUCUCUUUGUUCCCCAACAUCAAGUUUAUAAAUCCUCCUUAUUAAAAACAUUUGAACUUAAUACAAAAUAAAAACAUUGAAGCAAGUGAAAAAAUUGGAUUUGAAAUUUGUUAAUGAAUAAAAAAUAUUUGUUCGAAUUUUUGUACAUAAUUUUAGAAUGUACGUUUAUUUUGUAGAUUUUAAAUGCUCGAUGACAAUUGUACAAGGAUUAAACAAUUUUCAAAAAAUUUGAUGAAGUUAUCCGAAUAAUGAAAAUUAAAGCCUCUUAUAUUGUUCGAAGUAGUACUGGACCAGUUUGUGUUCAUUGUUCAGCUGGAAUUGGGCGAACUGGAACAUUUGUUUGUAUUGAAGCAUGUCUUCAAACAUUGACUGAUGAAAAGGAACUCGAUAUUGUUGCAACUGUCAAAGCUCUCAGAAGUUAGUCCUGUUAGAGCAUAAAUUUACGGGCUAAAAAUAUACAGUAAUCCUGUGGUUCUUAGAUGAAGAAAUAUUGAAAGUACAACUACAGUAACCCAACUCAAAAAAGGGCCAACGAGAAUUUCACAAAUUUUGUAGACAGAUUCAAAAAUCGUCCCUGAAAUUGAUCUACAGUAAGCCAAGCUCCAAAAGAAGCAAAAUGUUUCAAAAAAGUUAUGACGUGGCAAAUUCUUGAAAAAAAACUUGAUUGCCACGCCACAACUCAUAACAAUCAAAACUCAGAGAAAAAUUUCCAAAAAAUUGCAGACAGUCGACUUGGAAGUGUUCAAGUUGAUGUUCAAUACAUGACACUUGUUCAAGUUGUGCUAAAUUAUGGAAAAGAUAAUGGAUUUUGGGAUGAUUCAGAUAUUGAUGAUCGUAUCGAAUUAUUGACAUGGAAUAUCAGUCAAUUUGUUUCGACUCGAGCACCAGUCAAAUCAGCUGCAGAAAUAGCGAAAGAAAAAGAAAAACGAGAGGAAAAAGAAAAAGAAGAAAAGAAAGAAAAAGAAAAAGAAAAGGAAAGAGAAAAAGAAAGAGAGAAAAAGAAGGAAUAUAGUAAAGAAGAAUCGGAUGAUGAGGAAGGAAAAGAGGAUAAAGAAUUAGCGAAAGAAAAAGAAAUUAAAAAAGAGCAGAAAGCAGUACAUUCACCGCAUGUUGGAACAGAAGAUGGAAAUGGAAAAGAUUUGAUGACUGUUACAGCUACUGCCACUGUUUUAUCUAAAGAUCCGCUUGUUUUGAGUCCGGCGAAGGUUGAAAAAUGUGUGACACACGGAAAUAAUAAUAAUACAGAGGUUAGUUUAAGGAAUUUUGAAUUUUUAAGGUAAAAUCCACGUGGCAUACAAAAUCUAUCUUGAAAAAUCCAAAUUAAAAGUUUGUGGUUUUUACAUUUUUUUUAUUUUUUGUUCUCAAAAUCCACGUGACAAAAAUUACAUUCAGAUAAAUGUCACAUUGAAAAUCGAUUAAUGACCUCUAAUUUUGUGUAUGUACAUUUCCGCGUGGUAAAAUUUUCAGUUUUGAAUUCUUUUUUUUCUAAAAAUAUCCAAACGUGACCUUGCACGUGAACAUUUAAUUUUAAUUUUCGAAAUUUUCAGAAUCCGGCCUCUAUAGUAGCCACUGCUCUACCAACACCUCCUCCACCAAAGAAAAUCGAACAAGUUAUGGAACAAAGUCAAUAUCUUGGAUGA